GUCAGAGUGGUAAGAAUAAGACUCUUUUUUGUUAUAUUUUGAAUGUUCAAAAACUCCCAAAAAGACAGACCAAGAGAAGAUGAAGACUGAAAGAGGGAAGAAAGAAGAAAGAAGUAAACCGAAAGUGAUCGACUCUACUCGACUCAGCUCAACUCGCCCUCUUCACUACGUCUCCUGUAAUUGUCUUCUUUAAUGCUCUCUCUCUCUCUCUCUCUCAUAUCCAUUUGGACCGACUCUCUUUCUAUCUCUCUCACUCUCUCUCUCUCUCUCUCUCUCUCUCUCUCUCUCUCUCUCUAUAAUUUUCAAGAUCUGGUUUCGAAGAUUCUUCUCUUCCAAACCUCAAACCUUUCGCCCUCUUAAUAAUAAUACUUAGGGUUUUUGAUUUGUUGUCUUUGUCUACUACCACCUUCUUACUCCCCUUCCUCUUCUUGUAUAUCUACAUUUCCCUGUUUGAACUUGGAUGAGCUCAAAUGGAAAGAACUCGACCCAAGAGGUCCUCCAACAUUUCAACCGCAACCUCCUUCCAAAGAUUCCACACCAGAGAACGACAACAAGAACCACCUUUCUCUCAAGGUAACAGGCCAGUCCAACACCCAAGCAAUUUUCCAAAGUUGGCCUCUGAUUCUAGUUCUUGCAGUAGUGGCACAGCAGAUGAUGACUCGUUCACGUUUGAAUUGGGGUUGAGAUCUUCAAAACAAGCUGCUGGAACUCCAAUCAAGAACUUAUUAGCAAAGGAGAUGUCGAAAGAAAAUGAAUCAAGAAGGAGAGCACCUAGUGUUGUUGCCAGACUGAUGGGGCUUGAUGGUUUGCCUCCUCAAAAACCAGCUUACAGAGAAGAUAAUGGCAUUUCUGAUGGUUAUCUUAUUAGGACAGUAAGACCUGUGGAUAAAUGUCAAAGAAGUAGCCGUCGAUAUGACAGCAAAUCUUCUAGGAAAAGCUCAAUGGAUGAACAAGAAUUUAAGGAUGUCUUUGAAGUUCUGGAAACAUCAAAGUUAGGGAGUUGUAGUCAUCCAUCGCAGAAGAGUAUGGCAAACUCGAAUCUGACUGAUGCUGAGAUGGCAUUUAUUCGGCAGAAAUUCAUGGAUGCUAAACGUCUUUCGACUGAUGAGAAGCUACAGGGUUCGAAGGAGUUCCAUGAAGCACUUGAGGUCCUUGACUCUAACAAGGAUCUCUUGCUGGAAUUUUUUAAGCAACCAAACUCACUGUUUACAAAGCAUCUGCAGGAUCUGCAAGGUGCUACUCCCCAGCCUCUUUGUGAUCGCGUAGCAGCGACGAAGUCAUCAAAUGCUCGGAUUUAUGAGAAGACACGCCAUGACAGUAAAUCAGCUAGAGAGCCUUUUCACAAGAGUCACAGUGCAUCUUCUCAACGGCAUCGUGAUAGGCGCAGUAAGAACUCUGACUUCCAUGCUGCUCAAAAUUCCCUCAAGUCAUUAAAUAAUCAACGAGAGGGAAAGGAGGAGCCUGCCAUUCUCCCUACAAGAAUCGUUGUUCUGAAACCAAAUCUUGGGAAGGUGCUAAAUACUGAUAACAUUGUUUCAUCUUCUUGUUCUUCACAUGCUUCAUUACCAGAGUGUAGGAAUGACACUGAAAUCUCAGCUAUUAAAAACAGGGAGGUUGAAUUAUUAGGAGGGAGAAACUUCAGACGUGAUGCGGGGAUUUCUGGUCAUAGGUCUAGGGAAUCAAGAGAACUUGCGAAGCAAAUUACUCGGCAAAUUAAAAAUAGUUGUAGCAAUAGUUCCGUGAAGCUAUCAUCUUCUACAUUUAAGGGAUAUGCUGGGGAUGAGAGUUCGUGUAGUAUGUCUGGUAGUGAAUCCGCAAAUGAAUCAGAGACAAUGUCGACGAGUUCCAAAUAUUCUUAUGACCUGAGUAAGCGAUCCAGGUCCUUGUCAUCACGCUCUACUGAAUCAUCUGUGAGCAGAGAAGCCAAGAAAAGAUUGUCAGAAAGAUGGAAACUCACCCACAAGUCUCUGGACAUGUCAGUGGUUAGUAGAGGCAGCACGCUUGCUGACAUGCUUGCUAUCCCUGAUAAGGAAACUAGACCACCAUAUCUGGAUAGCAUAACUGAUGAGGAAGGAUCCAGGAACAAAAUUGUUUGUGAUAGUGAUGGGCCUGCUCAGUGGGUUGAACCUUUGGGUAUUAGCAGCAGGGAUGGCUGGAAAGAUGGAUGUAUCAGCAAUUUAACAAGAUCAAGAUCUCUUCCCUCAUCUACUACCGUCUUUGGAAGUCCCAGAGCAAUCACACGCUGUGAACCAAUACGUGAUGACAGGUAUGUAAUACCGAAAGAGGCUUUAAAGCGAGAAAGAGUUAAUGCACAAAAGAUUAAAACGGAUAAGAAGAGUGUCAACAGAAACUUAGGAUCAAGUGGCAAGAGAUCACAUCAUUCUCGCUCAAUCAGAGAAAGUAAGGACUCCUCAAUCAAAACUGUUGCCACCCAAAAUCAUGUAAAUGUUAAACUUGAAGUGAGUGGCCGUCAGCCCCAGCAGAAAAUAGAAGACAUUAAGUCGUUAACUGAUAAUCUCACAGAUGAUAGGAGUCCAGUUCCUCUACGUUGCUUGGAUGGUGAACAUAAGACAACAAAGCCUCUAAAUAAUUCAAUCCCAGAAUUACCAGCACAUGUAAUGGUUGCUGAUGUUUGCCAUGUUGGUGACCGAGAUUGCAUAAAUCUUCAGGCACAAACGGAGUCCCAUGAACAAACUCCAAUACCCUCAAAACAUUCUGUUCCUGGGCUAGAAUCACCUGCAAGUUCUAAGGAGGCUGAACAACCGAGUCCAGUUUCAAUUCUCGAAGUUCCUUUCACUGAUGAUGUGUCUUCUUGUUCUGAAUGCUUUGAGAGUCUCAGUGCUGAUUUGCAAGGGCUUCGUAUGCAACUUCACCUACUCAAGUUGGAAUCAGAAUCCUAUGAGGAAGGACCUAUGCUUGUCUCUAGUGAUGAUGAAGUUGGGGAAGGAGCUGAGGUUUCAGAUGCAUUUGGAUCGUCUCAACGGAGUUGGGAGUCUUGCUACGUGGUGGAUGUCUUAAUCCAUUCUGGUUUAAAAGAAGCUGAUCCAGAUGAAUUCUUGGCAGCAUGGCACACUCGAGAAUGUCCUCUUAGUCCUUUCUUGUUUGAAGAACUAGAGAAGAAGUACAACAACGAGACUUCCCCACCAAAGUCUGAGAGAAGGCUGCUUUUCGAUAGAAUAAGUAGUGGGAUUUUGGAAAUGUAUCAACCGUUCACUGAUCCUCAUCCAUGGAUAGGGUCUUCUACUGGAACAAUGUCGGGUCCAAGGUGGUCUAAGAAUGAGGUAGAGGAUGGUGUUUGUCUGUGGCUCACUAAGCAAGCAAAGAAUGUGAAGAAAGAGACAGCAGAGAAAGUGAUGGGUAGGGAAUCAGAGUGGCUGGACAUGGGCGAUGACAUUGAUAUACUAGGUAGAGAAAUGGAGACGUUGUUGUUAGAAGAGCUAAUGGAAGAGUUUUUAGUUGCCAUGUAGAGAUUUUCUUUUAACCAAAGCUAUUUUUGUUCUUAGGAGACCUUAAUAGUUAAUACUACUCUCGUCUUAUGUAAAUGAAGAGUUGUUCACCAUGAAAUGAUUAUUUCAUGAGAACAUGAAUAAACAAAUAUGAAAUGGUUACACCAAAA